AAGAACAUAUAUUUGAAAAAAGAGACGAAUUUUAAUUAUGGCUUUCAGAAGUAAAAAAAAUAAAUUUGGAAAUGAUAAAUUUAGCUGAAGAAAGGCGACUUUUUAAGAUUAUAUUGAAGAUUAUAAUACCGCAACAAUGCCUAAAGAAAUAUAUUACGAUAUAAAAUUAUAUGAAUAAUAUAUUGAUAGAAAAUAAGAAAACAACAACUUGAAAAAAGUAUAUGAAGAUUAUAACAUAGAUAAUGAUGAAAAAUAAAAAAAAUUAGAAAGAAUACUUAAAAGCGAGCUUUACGAUUAUUAAUUAACUAAAGCUGCUUUAAAUUAAAUUAUAGAAGAUAAAGAUAUGGUUGAAGGAAUAAAAGAAACAUAAAAUAAAGCAGCAAUAAUGCAAUAAACAUAUAAAAUGGGUGAUACAUAAAAAGCUUUAGAAAUGCAAAAAGAAUUAUUACCUUAAAAAAAAUAAGGAUAAUAAGAUUGA